AUGUACGCAUGCAAUAUGACUGCUGCUGCAUUCAAAUGGAACACUGAUGUGGCGGUAUCAAGACGACGACGGCUUCAUGUGGCUGCUGUUUCAUCACCAACUUUGUGUUGCUUGACGCUACCGUCGUGUUGCUCACUAGAGCAGUGUUCAUCUAGUAGCGCUUCGUCGGAAUCGGAAUGCUCGUCGAUCUGCUCGUCGUUGUGCACUGGCUUAGGCUGUUGUUGUGGCAUUAGCAGCAACAGCAACAAGAGAUUAUUCGGCGGUGACGGCAGUGCUUUAUCCGAUCGGGAUCGGGCUGCUUUCAAGAACAACUGGCAAGCCAGUGCUCAUAACCAGCAUGGUUGUGCCAGAGUGUGCUGCUGUUUGGAUCAGCCAAAAACACCAGCAGCACCGUUAUUGCAGCUGGGUGAGUGA